AUGCACCGCACGCGGAGUUUAGACUACGGAGUUGUCCUGGAGGGCGAAAUCAUCAUGGAGCUGGACUCGGGGGAGAAAGUGACGAUGAAGAAGGGCGACAUAGCCGUGCAGCGGGGGACGAUGCACGGAUGGCGCAACCCAAGCAAGGAGAACUGGACGCGAAUGCUGUUCGUGCUGCAAGACUGCAAACCCAUCACUGCAGAGGGAGGCAAGCAGCUGGGUGAAGAUCUGGGACAUUCGUCGGAUUUGCCUCCCUCCGACGGAGCUAAUCAAUAG